UUUUCUUGAAGCUACCACUACUUUUAAUAAACUGGUUAAUCUCAUUUAAACAAUUAUUGGUGACUGUUUCAGUUUCUCAAUAAACUAAUAGACAUUGCUCUCUUGACUUAUAAUUUCUUGAUACAGUCAGUACAGGAAUGCACGAUUGUAUUCCUCUUUCUCUCCACCAUUCAUCAUUUUCUCUUGUGUUGUUUCUUGCAUCGCCUUGGCAGUAAUCCCGGGGGUUUCUUUCUUGAAGUUUGUGCAAAAUGGCGGACUGGCUUCUACUAAUACCCUGGAAUAAAAUCUUCACUGCUGCAUGUGGCUGCUUUUUAAGCGAUAGAAACUACAUUCACUUGAUGGAGUCAAAUCUCGAUGCUCUGGAGACAACUAUGGAACUUAAGAAUAGACGAGAUGAUCUGUUAGGAAGAGUUUCCAUAGAAGAAGAUAAAGGUUUGCAACGGCUUGCUCAAGUCAACGAAUGGCUUUCAAGGGUAAAAAGUGUUGAAUCCCAAUUCAAUGAUAUGCUUGCGGCUAGAGCAACUGAAACUGGAAGAUUGUGUUUGUUUGGAUAUUGCUCUAAUGAUUGCGUAUCAAGCUACAAUUAUGGUGAAAAGGUAUCGAAGAUGUUGGAAGAAGUUGAAGAACUUCUAUCUAAAAAAGAUUUUGUAGAGGUGGCGCAGAAAAUUAUACGUAAGGCGGAGAAGAAGCAUAUCCAAACCACAGUGGGUUUGGAUACAUUGGUUGAAAUGGCAUGGGAAAGCGUCAUGAACGAUGAAAUAAGAACCUUGGGUCUUUAUGGUAUGGGGGGAGUAGGAAAAACCACCCUCUUAGCUUGUAUCAACAACAAAUUUGUUGAAUUGGAGAGUGAAUUUGAUGUUGUGAUAUGGGUUGUGGUAUCUAACGACUUGCAGUAUGAGGGCAUUCAAGAUCAGAUUCUGGGAAGAUUACGUCUUGACAAGGAAUGGAAACAAGAAACAGAAAAGGAGAAAGCUUUGUGCAUAGACAAUAUCCUUAAUAGAAAGAAAUUUGUGUUGUUGUUGGAUGAUCUCUGGAGCGAAAUGGAUCUGAACAAGAUAGGAGUUCCACCUCCAACUCGAGCAAAUGGAUCGAAGAGUUUCACCACUCGUUCGAAGGAAGUUUGCAAGGACAUGAAAGCUGACAAGCAGAUAGAAGUUGAUUGUUUGUCACCAGAUAAAGCAUGGGAAUUGUUUCGAAUUACGGUUGGAGAUGUCAUAUUCAGCGGCCAUCAGGAUAUUCCCGCACUUGCAAGAAGAGUUGCUGCAAAAUGUCAUGGCUUGCCACUUGCACUUAAUGUCAUUGGCAAAGCCAUGGCAUGUAAAGAGACUUUACAAGAAUGGUAUCUUGCGAUUAAUGUUCUGAAUUCGCUUGGCCACGAGUUUCCAGGUAUGAAAGAAAGAAUUCUUGGCGUUUUGAAGUUCAGUUAUGAUAGCUUGAAGAAUGGUGAAAUCAAAUCGUGCUUCCUAUAUUGUUCUUUGUUUCCUGAAGAUUUUGAAAUAAAGAAGGAGCAGUUGAUAGAAUACUGGAUUUGCGAAGGCUUUAUAAAUCCGAACAGAUAUGAAGAUGGAGGUACCAACCAAGGUUAUGAUAUAUUUGGCUUGUUAGUUCGUGCUCAUUUGUUGAUUGAUUGUGGGGUCGGAGUUAAAAUGCAUGAUGUGAUACGUGAGAUGGCUCUUUGGAUAAAUUCUGACUACGGAAAUCAACAAGGAACAAUUUGUGUGAAAUCUGGUGCUCAUGUACGUCUGAUACCGAAUGACAUCAAUUGGGAGAUUGUGAGACAGAUGUCUUUAAUUCGUACUCACAUUGAGCAGAUAUCUUGCAGUCCCAACUGCCCCAACCUUUCAACCCUAUUACUCUCAGUCUCAGGUAGCUUUGAGUUGGUGGAUAUUUCAGUUGGAUUCUUUCGGUUUAUGCCAAAACUUGUGGUCUUGGAUCUUUCUGGAAACUGGGGGCUUGUUGGAUUGCCGGAAGAAAUUUCUAACUUAGGUUCCCUGCAAUAUCUCAAUUUAUCACGCACACAGAUAGAAUCGCUACCAGCUGGUCUGAAGAAGUUGAGGAAACUAAUCUACUUGAAUCUGGAGUACACUGUUGCACUUGAGAGUCUUGUUGGGAUAGCAGCAACCUUACCAAAUCUGCAAGUGUUGAAAUUAAUUUAUUCCAAAGUUUGUGUUGAUGACAUAUUAAUGGAGGAACUACAGCACUUGGAGCACUUGAAGAUUUUAACGGCAAACAUAGAGGAUGCCACGAUUUUGGAAAGGAUACAAGGAAUUGACCGAUUGGCGAGUAGUAUUCGACGUUUAUGUCUAAGAUAUAUGUCAGAACCUCGUGUAAAAUUAAACACGGUAGCUCUGGGAGGUCUUCAAUACCUUGCAAUUGAGAGCUGCAACAUAUCUGAGAUGAAGAUAAAUUGGAAAAGCAAAGAAAGAAGGGAGCUUUCACCAAUGGUAAUUCUUCCAUCUACAAGUUCUCCAGGCUUCAAGCAACUCUCCACUGUUUUUAUAUUCAAUUUGGAAGGGCAAAGGGAUUUGUCAUGGCUGUUAUUUGCUCAAAAUCUAAAGAAUCUAGAUGUGGGCGAUUCACGAGAAAUAGAAGAAAUAAUAAAUAAGGAGAAAGGAAUGAGUAUUACCAAAGCGCAUCGAGAUAUUGUUCUUCCCUUUGGGAACCUGGAAUCCCUUGAUCUAGAUAGAUUGCCUGAACUUAAGGAAAUCUGCUGGAAUUUUCGGACUCUUCCUAACCUUAAAGAAUUCUCUGUCAGAUAUUGUCCAAAGCUACCUGAAGAUAUCACUAAGUUGUCCAGCUAUGCAGAGUAAUAACGGGUGAUGACAAGUGGUCAAUU